AUGCAAAUGCGUCGAUCCCUGGAGCUUGUCCGUCCCCUCGCCUACUACCACAAUCGUAUCCUCCAUCGCUGUUUUGCCGAACAGAAGGCCUCGUCCACCGACCCCUUUGACGGCUACACACGCUCUUGCUACGUUAAACAAAAGUUCGUGGAGUUGCAGACCACUGCUGCCGAUGGCAGCGUCAAAGUGCGCAAGGUGCCUACUGGCCUCAUUGACAACUCAAACGAGUGGCUUGGCGAUCAGAUGGUGCGGACGCACUUGAAAAUAACCCACGACUUCGACCUCACUAUUCAGGGCUUUGCGGAGCGUGCGCGCAAACGUCUGCUAGCGAGAAAUAAACAGAGACAGGUCAUCACAGAUGGAAUGAUCCAACAUCGGGGCAGCCUAGACCUGGCUGUCGCGCACAUGGUCUGUAACCUCGGUGGUCGGGUGCAAUUCGUCGGUGAACCGGCAGGCUGCUGGCACCAAAGCUACAACAGGGCCCCUCCCAACCUUCCUUCAACCUACUCAGAGGAUCUUAAACUUGAGGUCAUUGACUUAUCCGGUACCGCAGUCAUGUACGAGGGUCUGCAGAUGCUUCCUCGCUUGACGCACCUGAAGGUGUUACGGCUACGACGAUGUCUCUAUUUGAAUGAUCACUGUUUAUCCCUGGUCGGACAGAUUACCCAAUCACCACUGGAGUAUCUUGACAUAAGCGAGUGUCCACGAAUCUCCGCCAAUGGAAUCACCACCCUUACGGAGCUCAAGAGCCUUAGACGACUUUUGGUUCAAGGCAAUCCAACCUUGAAGGAUCGAGAGCUAGUGUGCCUGCUGUUGGAGGACUACCUGCCGAAAGUCUACAUUGAGGGUGUGGAUUACCUGGGCAACCUUCCAGAGGACGCUAGGCAGCGGGUGUUGGCUCUGGACCCGCCGGAAGAGCCACCACUUCUAACCGAGCACGUGAAAAAUAUCGAGAGGGAAGAAGAGGAGGACGCAUUACGUGUAGAGGAUUUUGCCGGCAAAAUUCUUGCUGUAAAAGAGGAGUUUUUGCGUAUCGCCGAGUUGGUGCAUGACGACGUUCAAUCUGUUUCACAAUUUUUCGAUUCGUUUUUUGUUGAGUCUGUCCUAUCACUUAAUCCUCCUUCCGGUAGCAAACCCGAUUUAACCGAGAAGACCGGGGAAUCUUCAGCACACAGAAGUGAGCCCAAUCGAGGCAAACCCAUGUCAGAAAUUGCGGAUUCGGAUCCCGUUGAAGACAAUGAGGAGACUCUGGUUCAACUUAUUAAUGAGAUGAGCGUAGAUGAACUCAAAUUCUUAAAGAACCAGCUCCUUUUAGAAUUGGAUUGGCUUGAUCAAGCCAUCACCAGCAGGAAGCAAUUUCUUCGCUCUGUAUUUAAUGGGCAAAUUGAAUGCUCGAAAGAAACCGAUGCGGGCUUUGCCUUGGUGGAACCAUCGGGCAAAAAACCCGGAAUCAAGACCCGGCGACCUUUCAUCUCCCCCAAUCUAUCAACGUGCACCUGCUCUACCACCACAGCUCCAGCCGGCCCCAAGGAGGCAACCGAAUUCCACACUAUUCGCAUUGAAACACUUUAG